AUGGCAUCGAGCUCGAUGACAUCAGCCCGCGGGUCGUCGUGGACACCUAAGCAGAACAAGCAAUUCGAGGAGGCCCUAGCCAUGUUCGACAAGGACACGCCCGACAGGUGGCACAACAUAGCCCGAGCGAUUGGCGGGAAGUCGGCCGAGGAAGUCCGGAGGCACUAUGAAGCGCUCGUUCGUGACAUCAUGCAAAUCGAGACCGACCAAGUGCCCAUACCCAACUACAGGGCCUUAACAAGUCAUGGCAGGACAAUGUACGCUAAUGAACACAGGCUUUUGAAGAAUCUCAAGCUGCAGUGA